CGGAAGUGGCAUCGCGGUGCCGGACGUAGGCGGGGCCUACCUCCGCUAGCUUCCUAAAGCGAACGAGCCAAGCCCGCGCUUCUUGCGAUGGAGACGGUCACGUCUUCAGACAGCUCCCUAGCUCUGGAAGGUGAGCAUCCUCAAGAAACCCCAGAAUCCAACAAUAGCGUGUAUACUUCCUUCAUGAAGUCUCAUCGCUGCUAUGACCUGAUUCCCACAAGCUCCAAAUUGGUUGUAUUUGAUACUUCCCUGCAGGUGAAGAAAGCUUUCUUUGCCUUGGUGACUAAUGGUGUACGAGCUGCCCCUUUGUGGGACAGUAAGAAGCAAAGUUUUGUGGGCAUGCUGACCAUCACUGAUUUCAUCAAUAUCCUGCACCGCUACUAUAAAUCAGCCUUGGUGCAGAUCUAUGAGCUAGAAGAACACAAGAUAGAAACUUGGAGAGAGGUGUACCUACAGGACUCCUUUAAACCACUUGUCUGCAUUUCUCCUAAUGCCAGCUUGUUUGAUGCUGUCUCUUCAUUAAUUCGAAACAAGAUCCACAGGCUGCCGGUUAUUGACCCAGAAUCAGGCAACACCUUGUACAUCCUCACCCAUAAGCGAAUCCUCAAGUUUCUCAAAUUGUUUAUCACUGAGUUCCCCAAGCCAGAGUUCAUGUCUAAGUCUCUGGAAGAGCUUCAGAUUGGCACCUAUGCCAACAUUGCCAUGGUCCGUACUACCACCCCCAUCUAUGUGGCUCUGGGCAUCUUUGUACAGCACCGAGUUUCUGCCCUGCCAGUGGUGGAUGAGAAGGGGCGUGUGGUGGACAUCUACUCCAAGUUUGAUGUUAUCAAUCUGGCAGCAGAAAAGACCUAUAACAACCUAGAUGUGUCUGUGACCAAAGCCCUGCAACAUCGAUCACACUACUUUGAAGGUGUCCUCAAGUGCUACCUACAUGAGACUCUGGAGACCAUCAUCAAUAGGCUGGUGGAAGCAGAGGUUCACCGACUUGUGGUGGUGGAUGAGACUGAUGUGGUCAAGGGAAUUGUAUCUCUGUCUGACAUCCUGCAGGCCCUGGUGCUCACAGGUGGAGAGAAGAAGCCCUGAGCUGGGGGAAGGGAUCAGGCAGCACUAGGGGAUAUGCCCCACUCACUGCCUGCCAGCAGCUCUGGAGAUCACAGAUGAAACCUUGGGAGAACUGUGACUCUGUUCCUUGCUCAGGAGCCCCCUACCCUUUUACCUUGGGGCCAAGGGAGUUGGAGGAGGAAGGAGAAUAGAUUUUUAGCAGCCCUUACCCUCACACAUACACUCGAGAAAAUUGUAGACCAGCCCAUCUCAGCCCCUGCCCUCUUAGAUAUACCUCCCUUUCUGGGUCAGCCAUGGGCUCUGUGCCUUCCCUCAGGCAGAUUCUGAUCUCUAAGAGAUCCCUAGACCUCACCCUGCCUUUGCUUCUAUCCCUGCCCCUUACUUCACCCUAAGAUAAUAGCACAGCAACAGUCUUCAUAAAGAUGUUUUUACUUACUCCGUUUCAUGCUGUAUGGGGCAGGCUGAGUCCAGUUAGUGACAUUUAUUCCCAUAGUGGGAGUGGAGAGGAUCGUGGGGAGGAGGGCCGUUGGGUUCCUGUGCUGCUUUUAUGUGAAGGUAGAUGGGGGUUAAGUGGAGGAUGAAGUCGUGAGCCGAAGUUAUUUCUUUUCAUGGCAAACCUAAUUAAAAUGACAGGAACCUUUUCA